GAAUCUCCCAAACAUACGUCCCCGUUGGAGUACACGACGUCACAAUCCUCAAAACAACAUCACCUGCUUUGAUUACAAAUUGUGAGUUGAUAGUUGUUACACUGACGAGCAAAGCCGGAUGCUUUUUUGCAUUGUCACAGAAAACACUGAUCUGCAAUUCAACGGAGCGAAGAUCAACUCCGUUUUUGUUUCCGUGCAGGGAGCAGGCUGCAAGCACACCGUGUCUCUCUCUCUUCGGGGAUAGCUAGGCCGGCUAUCGGCGCGUAUCCCCGGGCAGUUGAUGAUCUGACGCCCGGUGGUGUGGACUUGGGGGUUUGGCAGACACUCCAUAACUUUAUCGCAGACGCUGCUCCGAGUUAGCUUGGCGAGUGAAAGUGUCGAUGAGAGGAACAAACUUUCAACAGACGGAGGCAUAGCAAGUACAUCUUAGAGCUUCGGUUCAAUCUAGAGUUGUCACUGUUGCGUUCAUGUGUGAUUUUACAUACGUGUACUACGGAGGAACAUCUUGAAACAUCCCCAGACUUUGAUACAACGGGGGUACGAAUCGUACACCAGGCUCCGUUCCGCUUUUAUUUUGGGUCAUCUCUCCAAUUCUUACAAUUUUUCUCCACACCGAAGGAACCUCAUUCUCUGGAGCACAAUUUGGAGCAGGUCAUCUCUUCGAAGGCAUUGUUACUGAUUUUUUUCCGGUCUUUUUUGUUUGUCGGCAUUUGGGUCAACUUGGGAGUUCCCGUUCGUUCCAAAGCUCUACACCGGUGGAUGUCACGAACCACGUACAAGUGAAACUCUAGAGACAAUGAGCAACAGCAUGCAUACUCCGUUGCCGGAACGAACCAUUCUGAACGAGGGGUGCGAGGAUGAAGUGGAGUGUUACGGUCUCAAGCGAGACACACCCCGUACGAUCCUAUGCUACAUCCUGGGCGUUCUCACGGCGGGCGUCUUUCUGGCCGCUAUGUACUGGAAACCUAACUGGGCGGCCAAGUUCAUGUACCGGCAGUCGCGAUUGGACCGAGCCGACACGGUGCUCCUCAAAGAUAUGUACAAGCAGUGGUUUCUGGUCAAAGUAAGGAUCUCCAAGGACAAACUCCCAAAGGAGAAGAGAAAGAAGAAGGGCUACCAAAAGCAAGGCGACGAUUUCAACGGGAACACGGCAAACGAGACUCCAGGAAUGCGCUACAUCAGAUUCCAAAAGUUGAAGUACAUCUGGGAUGCAGAAGGGUUCAACUUUUAUAAAUUGAGGGGUCUUGAAACCGGAGUGUCCUGUAAUGAAAUCUACGAGACUUUCAAAGGAUUCACGGCUGAUGAACAGAAAUCCAGGAGAGACAUUUACGGUGGGAACGAGAUCGACAUAGCGUUGAGGCCGCUGAUUGUACUGUUCUUCCAAGAGGCCCUGAACCCGUUCUACGUGUUCCAAAUCUACAGUGUGUGUCUCUGGAUCUUCGGUUACAACUACGUCUACUUCUCAUUGGCCAUAGUGCUCAUGUCUCUCAUCUCCAUCACGCUGACGGUGUACAGUACCCGCAAGCAAAGUGUGACCCUGCGACGAAUGGUCAAGUCCACUGGCACAACCACCGUAUGGAGAGGAGACCGACAUUUUGAGGAGAUUGGUAUCAAGGAUCUGGUUCCGGGCGAUCUGAUCGAGCUCCCGACCAGAGGCUGCAUGAUGAACUGCGAUGCCGUUUUGAUCAGCGGGAACUGUAUCGUUAACGAAAGCAUGUUAACUGGGGAGUCGGUUCCAAUCACCAAGACCCCACUCCCGUGUCCGCCAGUCGGGGAGAACGAGCAGCCCCCGAUGUACUCCCCUGACAACCAGAAGAGACACACGCUGUUCUGCGGCACGGAGAUACUGCAGGGCCGAUCGGCCGACAAGCAGCCUAUCCUUGCGGUAGUCGUACGAACAGGGUUUACAACAGCGAAGGGGUCGUUGGUAAGAUCCAUCCUCUUCCCAAAACCCAUCGACUUCAAGCUGCACAGAGACGCUAUCAGAUUCAUCUGCAUUCUGGCCUCCAUCGCGUUCGUUGGUGCGACUUACGUCAUCGCCAUCAAGGUUUCUCACCAUGCCAAGACGCACGACAUCAUCCUGAAGGCUCUAGACGUCUUCACGAUCGCCGUGCCCCCGGCCCUGCCUGCCGCCCUAACCAUCGGCAUGGUGUACGCCCAGAGACGGCUCAAGAACCUCAAGAUCUUUUGCAUCAGUCCUCAGAGAAUCAACCUGGCUGGCAUGCUGGAUGUCAUCUGCUUCGAUAAGACAGGUACCUUAACGGAAGAUCACCUGGAACUGCUCGCCGUGUCACCUGUGAAGAAGGAUAGUUUCGUCAUGGUGUCAGAUCCGUCGAAGAUUCCUUUUAGCCCGUUCGUGGCUGCCAUGGCCACCUGUCACUCUCUGACAUUGAUUGAUGGGGAGCUCAGGGGGGACCCCUUGGAUCUUCAGAUGUUCCAGUCCAUCAAAUGGAAUUUGAACGAACCGAAGGACGGAGAACGGGGAAGCUUUGAUUUCUUCAUGCCGACGAUUGUCAGCUCAUCUGAAGGCGAAACGAAGGAGGAGGUCGGAAUCCUUAAGCAGUUUCCAUUCUCCUCCGGUCUCCAGCGGAUGAGUGUCAUCGCCAAGACGGCCAGCGCGGACAACUACAGCAUCUUCGUCAAGGGCGCGCCCGAGACCGUUGCGCUCAUGUGCGAACCAUCCUCAGUUCCUGGAGAUUUCGAAGAGGUCCUGAAGGACUACACCCAACAAGGAUUGCGUGUUCUUGCCAUCGCCAGUCGCGAACUGGAUGAAAAGCAAAACUACUACUCAGCUCAGAAGUUGCAAAGGCACGAGGUCGAGAGCGAUCUUCAGAUGCUGGGGCUGAUUAUCAUGCAGAACACGCUGAAGCCGCAGACGGCUCCCGUGAUCGCCAAACUGAAAAAGGCCGACCUCAGGGUUGUCAUGGUGACAGGCGACAACAAACUGACCGCCAUUCACAUGGCGAAGAAAUGCGGCAUGAUCGGACCGACCGAAGCCGUCAUCGAAGUGGAGGCAACGCCCCCUGUCGGCGAACAACAGCCAACCGUCAAGUGGACGCCGGUCGAGGCUCACUCGCACCACGCCAACAACAGCACCAAGAAGAACUGCCGGCGGGAAAAUGGACAGAUUCCAGACGAGGUCCAGUUGACGUUUUCAGGUGCCGAGACGGCCAUUGAUAUCAACUCGUACCACUUUGCUAUGGACGGCAAGACAUUUGCAAUCAUGGUGGAACACUUUCCAGAACUCAUGCCUAAGAUAGCCGCACGGGGCACAGUGUUCGCUCGUAUGUCGCCGGACCAGAAGGCACAACUUAUCGAGGCGAUUCAAGAUCUAGACUUACACGUAGGUAUGUGCGGCGACGGUGCCAAUGACUGCGGGGCGCUCAAGACCGCUCACACGGGCAUCUCCCUGUCCGAGGCCGAGGCGUCAGUCGCCUCGCCCUUCACCUCACAGCUUCAGAACAUCGAGUGUGUGCCACUCCUCGUCAAGGAGGGGCGUGCCGCCCUAGUGACGUCAUUCGGCGUCUUCAAGUACAUGGCUAUCUACAGUAUGAUCCAAUUCACAUCCGUCAUCAUUCUGAACUCUGUGGAUGGUUUUCCAAGCGAUGCCAUGUUCAUGUACUGGGAUAUCGCCAUUACCACGUCAGUGGCGCUGUUGGUCGCACGCAACGAGGCCUACCACGCCAUCGUCAAGCGCAAGCCGCAGGCCAACCUGACGGACCCUUCUAUCCUCUUCUCCGUCUUUGGUCACAUUCUGCUGCAGAUUCUCGUCCAGGUGGUGGCUUACGUCAUGCUGACCGCGCAGCCCUGGUUUACGCCACUAGUUCCCAAAGAGGACAGCAUCGUGAAUUACUUCAACUUCGAGGCCACUACCAUGUUCCUUAUCUCAUCAUUCCAGUACAUCGUGGUCUCCUUCCUGUUCUCAAAGGGACCGCCCUACCGAAAGCCGAUUUAUACCAACAUUCUUUUCACCAUUGAUCUGAUCGUGCUGCUCUUGUUCACCACUUUCCUGCUCAUGGUGUAUGUUCCAGAAAUAUACGGUUUUUUUAAUUUGAAGAAAGUCCCGCUUGAUUUCCGAUGUAUGAUCCUUGGGUUGGCCGUAGCGUACUUCCUGGCGGCCUUUCUACUCGAGAAUUACAUUGCUGAGAGCGGCUGGGUUAAGCGUCUAAUUACUUGCCGAAGGUGCCGCAAUAUCACCUUGCACAAGCACGACCAGGUCGAGCAGGAGCUGCUGGCUGACCCGUCGUGGCCUCCGCUCUCCAGCCGCCUCCCCGCCCGCACCAACGGCAAAUGCAUGGACGAGGCAUCAGUGUCUCCCAAGUUCGCCGGGAAAACGGCUGACGAAGGCAAUGUAGAGACCCCAGUCUGAUCGGAGAGUACCACAAGAUAUUACGAUAAACCAGUAUUGCGGUUGGGGCCAGUCGCUGUGCGACUGGCCCUAUUUCCAGCCGCGACUUUAUUACCAGAAUAACGUGUGGACCAGUCUCGGUAUGUUUUUGUUACUUUUGUACUGUUUCAGUGUUUGAUAAAUAGAAACUCCCGUCCUUACAUUGACACCUCGGGGAGAAUUGCCAGUUGUAUAGUGAGCAUGACUACAGUAUAUUGUGCUUGAUAUCCUCUGAUUGUAUGAAAUCGAAUUAUUCGCAAACUUUGUUGAUAAACUAUAUAACAAUACCACAAAACGGGUUAUUCAAAACUUGCUCAAUGCUUCAAAGGCUUCAGUUUUUCGUUGUACAGCAUUCAAAAUGAAAUGUUGAGUAAAGUCUCGAGUUGACAGAGUGACCGUCAGAAUUGGGGGCUAAAGUUUUGCCGUCGUGCAUCUUUUUAUUGAAGUAUCUGUUCACUCGACGUGACGAGUAGCGCCCCAUGUGUUUUUGCUGACGCAGAUUCAGCAAAAUGUGCAGUCUUAAAAUUUGCUAGUGUUUUGUAAAUAAUUCAAAAUGAACGCGUAACAACCAACCAAAUUGUACCGUGAAUAAAUUUGACAGAAAUAACACCCACUGUCGGUGUUAACUUCAGAACAUAAGCAUGACUGUUUCACUACGUAACAGGUGCUUGCUGCCACCAAGAGGCCACAAGCCUCUCAGUAAAAGACUCGGAUCCAUAUUGCUGCAUCAUUUCAUUCGUUCUUAAAAUGAAAGUCCCCUUGGGGUAGCCUGCUCUUGUUUUGCUAUCUUGCCUUACAUGUACUUUGGGGUCAAACUUAAAAAAAGGUUUGGUCUUUGGUUCGAAGAACAAGAACAAAAGGGAAAAGAGACAAAUACGCACUAUUAUCAAUUUUAUCUUUACUUCCUAUUCGGCCACUUCUGCAUGCAUAUUUGCAUGAACAAGGAUAAAGCCACUCAUGGUAGAGGGCUACAACUUACAAGAGAAAUACAAAUUGAGUGCUCAGGAAAACUGAAAUUAAUAACAGACGUUCCUGUUGAAACAGGAAAGAUCAUUAUGUAGUAUAGAGUGAAACAAACCAAACAAAAUAUGUUUUUGUUAGUUACUAACGUGUUUUUAACGUUUCCACACCAAGGAUUAAAGCCUUCAUAGCGAUGAUUAACUUUAACAUUAUACAAUGGUGACUGUUGUCAAGGCUUUAGCAAUAUAAUCAUUUACAGUUUGUGUGUUUGUCAUGAAAAUGUUAGUGAUCGUGAGAGGAAUGUAUUGAAGCUUUGGUAUUACGUAGCACCUGGAUAUAUUUGUCUGUUUUCUUCACCAAUGGCAUGUACCCUUUCCCUUUACCAUCUUAAGAUGUAAAAAAUGAAAAUGUGUAAUUCCUGGUUCUUCCCGCCCUUCCAAUUUCCAGGUAUGAGAGGGAAGGGAUAGUUUUGUAGUUAAACAAUGUAUUCGAGGCUAAAACUGGUUCUUUUCACUGAUGUUUACCGAAACAUUUAUUUGGAAACUUGAAAAAAAAAUAACAAAGUUCAAAGAGA